AUGGACUUGGGCAGAUUCGGAACAUUUGCAAUGCUGCUUGCACCUGUUUUUUUUUUGUUUUCAUCUUCCAUGAGGAUUGCCUCGGGGGCAGAUUGGUGCUAUCAGUCCCAAGUUACAUGCAAUCACACCUGCACAGGUCCAGACAAAUGGGGAGUGGUUUCUCAGCACUGCAGCAGCAGAUCUCAGUCUCCUGUUAACAUUGUUACGAGGAGACUACUACCAGAUGAACGUCUCACUCCUUUUCAUUUCAUUGGCUAUCAAGAGACUUUUCAUGGUCGCCUCAUAAACAAUGGUCACACAGUUCAACUGGAUUUGCCCUCCACUAUAAGGAUCAAGGGAGGAAAUCUGGCUGCACCGUACAAGGCACUUCAAUUACACCUGCACUGGGGCAAAGAUGGAGGGCCAGGGUCUGAGCACACGGUUGAUGGGGAACAAUUUCCAAUGGAGAUGCAUAUUGUUCACGUAAAAGAAGAAUACACGUCUUUGUCCCAGGCUUCUAGAGACCGCACAGGUGUGGCUGUUCUUGGAUUUUUCUUUCAGGAGUCUGUGUCUGAAAAUAAGAAACUUGAUCCUCUUAUAAAUGCUCUGAAACAUAUCCCACAACCCUCCAACAGCACCACACUGAGGGGUGUGUCCCUGGACAUGUUCAUUCCUCCUCAGAGCAACAGGACCAAGUACUUUCGCUAUGAUGGCUCCCUCACUACACCUGACUGUGCUGAAGCUGUCAUCUGGAGCCUGUUUGAAAACACUAUUCCUCUCAGCCGGAAACAGCUUGCUGCAUUCUCUCAGCUUCGGUUUUCUGAUGGAAAGCAAAUGGUCAGAACCUACAGACCAGUGCAGCCCUUGAAUGGGAGGCAGGUGUAUUAUUCUGGAGGCCAUGUUGCUCUGGUUAGCACUGUGUCACUCAUCAUGUCAGUGCUUGUGUCCAAUGCACUACCCCUGCACAUUACAGCAUAAAAGCUCUGUUUAAUUAACUCAGCCUUUAUGAGUAAAUACUGCUAUAUCCACUGAUGAUGGUCAAAUCCAAGAAACAUAAUGUA